AUGUGGGCCUUCGUUUUAUUAAUCCUCACAGUCUCCGCUAGCACUUCGUCAACCAACCAGCGUCAGCGAGCUCUCAAGGCAGAAGCAGGAAUGUGGAGCUUUGGCUCCGAGUCGUGCAAGUGCAAGUCAACUCCUCGUCCGUGUCUUUUCAUUCAUGGCGAGAAAAACAACAAGCCUGAAAAGGAGCUCCAGACCAAGUCUGGUAUGUUUGGCGACAUGACCAAGCACGCUCCAUGCUGCACAUCUAUUAAGUAUGCGUCUCUUGACACGUACAAUGGUCGAUGGACCGAUGAAAGCUUACAGGAGGAGGUUUGCAAGCACGCUCUAUCUAUCAGCGAGUCUAGCGAGGAAAAGAAAGGUAUAAUUAAAGACACUAUUCUCGUGACCCACUCGAUGGGAGCGUUAAUUGUGGCAGGCGCGGUCGCUAAUGACAAGUGUAGUAUUGAUAAGAGCACGACUUGGGUAAGCAUGAGCGCGCCAAUGAAUGGCACAAUGGCUUCAAACUACGUUCAGGACGUUUGCACAGACGAUGAUACUCAGGCUUUUCGUAAAAUUUUGGGAGUCAUUGGUAAAUGUCCUGUUAGUGCAGGAAUGAAGUCUAUUGCAUAUAAUGGUGGCAAGUACAGUACCGUUGAUCUCAACAGGGCGUACUUGUCUGCUCAAAACGUGUACCGCAAACAUGUGUCAGCUGUAAUGUGCAGCAACGAUGAUAUUGGUGUUGUCUCAAUGGACCAGGCUGAACUUCUGCUUUUUGGCUCCAGUGUUGAACAUGGUACAAAGGAACAUGAUGCUGUGGUGACUUUUGAAAGCUGUCGAGGUGGACUACCAGAAUCUCAGUUUGGCAGCACCUACAAAGACCGAUUUUAUGUGUCGAUGUGUAAUCACGCUGACACUGCAUUUCUCCAUGGAGACAGUCUUUUUCGAGACGCAAUCAAACCAGUGAAUUGGUUUGAGUGUUUACUUUAG